AUGGAUAUGAGUGCAUAUUUUGCACCUGCAUUUUUCAGCCAUCUACUGGGUAAAUGUUUGAAGCGUUCAAAUCCACUUUUUGAAGUGCUAAAACUUGGCUUUGUGGUCCUUGGCACAUUUUCUCUUAUAUGGUGGCCGUAUAUCCAUUCCAUGGAAGCCCUUUUGCAGGUUCUCUCUCGUCUGGCUCCUUUCGAGAGAGGGUUAUACGAGGAUUAUGUGGCUAACUUCUGGUGCACCACUUCAGUUGUUAUAAAGUGGAAGAGACUGUUCACAACACCAACACUAAAGCUUCUCAGCUUUGGUGCAACCAUCUCCACCUGUCUGCCUUCAAUGAUUCAGCAGAUAUGGGCUCCCAGCAAACGAGGUUUCCUUUACGGGUUGCUCAAUAGCGCCUUCUCCUUCUACCUGUUCUCAUUCCAAGUGCAUGAGAAGUCAAUUCUGCUGCCUCUCCUACCAGCAAGUCUUUUGGCAAUAGAAGAGCCUGUCCUUUACAACUGGAUCACACUCAAUGCUUUAUUCUCAAUGUUCCCUCUUCUUGUUCGCGACAAACUGGUUCUACCGUACAUCGCUCUGUUGGCUCUUUUUUCCCUUCUCAACCACGCGGCGCCUAAUCAAAGUCGAGGUACGAAGGAAACGAGAACAUUAGAAUUGUCUCUGAAAGCACUGGUCCUUGUUUGUGCACUCAUUUUUCAUGUAGUUUACUUAACACUGCCUGCACCCAAUAGAUAUCCUUUCCUUUUCGAAGCUUUGGUUAUGUUGCUUUGCUUCUCACAAUUUGUAUCUCUUGCUUUCUACACUAAUGCUAAACAAUGGACGUUGUUAAAACGCUCCGUUUUGGUACAUAAAGAAAAGAAGCUCCUUUGAACAA